CGUCCACACAUCAUCACCGACACUGUAGCUGCACUCGAUGGACGCUCUACCAGAGGAAUUGCUUUCACAAAUCGUUUCACAUGUCGAGCAACAGCAAGGUCUGGUGGGUCUUUGCCGUAUGAAUCGUCGUCUCAAUCGGAUCGCCACUCCAGUUCUAUACGCACAAUAUCAGACCAGCUAUGGAAGCAUACCCAGCCACUAUCUAACGACACUUAUCCGACGCCCAGAAUUAGCAAGCCGCGUCAAGUCGUUGCGGUGGGACUACAGCACGCUCGCAAAACACCGGAUCUCUGUGUUCGACUCGAACGACCUUCAACACACUCUCCGUGCUUUCGAGUACCCGGUUUCGACCUUUGCGGCUAGAUGUGCGGAAUCUAUGGAGACCGCUCAAGAAAAUGGCGAGCUCACGGAUGCAUUCUUCACGACUGUGCUCCUGCAUACGCCGAACCUUGAAGAGAUAGAGAUCAUCGACAAAUGGUACGGCGACGAUGUCAGAAGUACAAGGCGAUGGCUCGACCCUAUUCGGAUGAAGGUUCCACACGGUUUUCACCACCUCAAGUCUGCAAGUGUCACAAUGGCAUGUAUGCAAUUCGAUGAUGUCAUCAUCCUGAUGCAUCUGCCCUCCCUACGGCGUCUCCAGCUAUGCAACCUCGUCGAACCCGAAGUUCGCCCGGUCGGCCUUGGUAUCCCUCCUCAACCAUUUUCCAAUGUCGAUGAUUUGAGCUUUCGGUCCUGUCGUCUGAACUGGAAAACCGUAGCUUGGACGAUGGCACCAUGCAAGGUUCUGCGACGCUUCAGCUACGUCAGCUUCAACCUAGCGUUGCUGCGACUUUCGAUCCCUUCGGAUCUACAGGAUCUCAAGAAAACACUGGACAAGCAUUCAGCCGACCUUGAGUACUUGGAUAUCGAAGUUGAUGUUCUGGUCUCCAAUGGCGAAGACCAUGGUGAGUUUGAGUCUUUUGCCGGCUAUCCGCAGCUUAAACAUCAGCGCGUAUGGCUGAACCCGUUCAAACCAUAUCGGGAAUUGGGUCUGCUCACACCCUGAUGCACGAGAGGUGCAACAACACAUGCAGUCUUUCUCCGUCAGUGCUGACUAUGACGUCAUCUGACGACCUUGAACGCGAC